UUAUUGACAAAACACUGGUGCGCACGGAACGUCAAGCAGCGUUGUCCUUCAGUGCAGCUAACCAGCUUAGCCUGAACUACGGCUCAUUGUUGGAGUUCUCGUAAUAACAGCUUCUAAAAGGAGAAUAGACCGCGCUGAACCAUGGCGACAAGGAUUUGGCCUGUUAUGAAACUGGCCACCAAGGUGACCAUUGCAGGGGGAGCUGUCUAUGUUGCCUAUGACUCUGGUCUCUUGGGGAACAGUAAACAGGGCGCAGAGGCCCUGGAGAAGGCCAAAGCAGUAAUGCCACCCGCCAUCGAGGAAUGGAUGAAAUACUUCGGUCUGGAGGCUCAGCUUCCAACCGUGCCUAAGGUUGAAUUCUCCCCAGUUGAUACGUGGAAUUCUGGAGUACGGUGGACAAUUUCAAGUCUUUCUGAGGCCCCAACUAAAGUCACUGAAUACACAAAUCAGGGCCUGCAGUACUUGAAGGACCUCACGAAGUGAACAUGAACUCUCUGGGCAACCUCAACCUAUCAGUCCAUUUGACUUUUGCACUUCAGAAUGACGUUCUUUCUUCGAAAGUUGUACCCUGCCACAAGAAGCAACAUCCAACAUGAAAGAAAACUGCUAGAUUAAAAGAAGUUGUAAAAAAAAAUUAGCUGCAAAGAGUGUACUCUGGUUCACGGGUACUGUGGUUCUCUGAUAGUGGCCUUUGAUGGUACAUGUACAUAAUGGGAAGCAAAAUUUAUUUUUAAAAAAGUAAUCUUUCAUUUUGUGUAUACCUCAAAGUUGCGUAUACCAACUAAUUCCUAUCAGCACUGUCCAGUAGACUAUUAUUCUGCCCUGUUCUCACCCUGCCCAAAUGUUAUGAAGAGAAUGUAUGUUGUGUGUGUGUGUGUGUAUAUAUAUGCAAUUUCACAGUUUAUGAGCAAUAUACCAAUCUUGAAACAUCUUGUCUCAUUAUUGAGUCAUAAAGCAUACAGUAGUCACACUGUGUAAAGUAUAAGGCCAUACAAAUGUGCAAAAAUCUUUAAUAAUCAUGACAGAAUAAUAAUGACACAAUUCACUGCUGAAUCUGCUACAACUUCAGAAGAGGAGGAGAUGACUAAAAGCGUGAAGAGCCCACAAAGCCUUCCGUGACUCCACUUUACACAAUGCAGAAACACCCCACAGCACCGCUGCCGGUGAUGUUGACUGUCAACCUUUUUUUUUUUUUUUUAUUUAAAUGUAAGAAAGCAUUACUUAUUCUGCCCAAUAUGGUCACUUCUUCAUAUUCAAAUAAAGUUGAGAAACAUUGAGGCACUGAUCAAUGUGAUGCAUGCAGUUUUUACAGCAAAACAAUAAAAAAAAAUGCAAAGCUGAUAAGCUUGAGACCAGUUCAGCAAAUACUAAAGA